UAAGCUUUCUUCAUAUUGUGGUCCAUAAGCUUUCUUCAUGUUGUGCUCCAUUGAAUUAAUAUAGACUGCUACUUUGAGAUUCGAGUACAGUUACAACCUAGGAAUGACAUGAAUACCAUCCUCUGAUCAAUUGAUUUUCUAGCUGUUCUUCAUCCUCCUCCUCCUCCUCCUCCUCUCUCUCUCUCUGUGACAAUCGUUGACAAUCUUUCCUGUGAAAUCUCGUAUCUGGAGAUGUCUCCUGCAAGCAGAAGUUGUGGGAAUAUUUCAGGAGCUGCGGAUGGCUACGGUUACAUUGAGCACGAAGUGUCCAGGAUGGAUACACUCGCUGGAAUUGCCAUCAAGUACGGGGUCGAGGUGGCUGACAUUAAGAGAAUAAACGGGUUGGCCACGGAUUUUCAAAUCUUCGCCUUGAAGACCUUACGGAUACCUUUACCUGGAAGGCACCCCCCUUCAGCCUCUUUGCCUAAUACUGCUGCUUCUUCAGGGGACAUAAGUGCUGAAAAAGCAUCAUCAAGUGCAGGGCACUACAAUUUGUCUAAGUCCUCUGAGCUAUUUAAAUGGACUAGCUGCAUCCACAACAACCGACUGAAGGGUCAUGAGUUGCCGGCUUCUGAUUCAACUUCAAAGCAUCAAAAGAUGGGCUCCGGUUUCUUGGCAGAGAACGGUUCAAUUGUUGAUUACACAUCUAUCUUCGAUGUCAUAGAUACUGAAGGCGAGGGAUCUAAUACAAAAUCUACUAGGAAUUAUCAAGAAACUAAGGCUGGUUCGCCAAAUGCCACACCAGAGAAGCUGUUGAAAGAGGAAAACGUUGGCGGAAACAGUAGCUUCUUACCAACUAGAGGGAAGGCUUUGGCUUUGAGAGCCAAGUCUGCCAGCCGAACAUCACUGGCCAUCGAUGCAGAGUCAAACUGGACAAGCCCAGUUCGAGCGGGAGCAGUAGACGACAUAAUCACUACUGAACAUCCUGGACUACAAAAAGCUUCGAGUGUGUCAAGCUUACAAGUUCAAGACGCAACCAAUUCCUCAUCAAUUUGGCAAACAUCAAAGUGGGGCUUGAAACCAGACCUUCCACUGUUUUCAGCAGCAUCGCUCACGGGGCCAAUUCUCGAUGGCUUAGCAUUGUCGAUAUCAUUUUCAGGAUGGAGGAGUAAAGCUGCCCUUGAUUAAGGCGCAUAAAAGUACACCAUCGACCAAUUCUUGACCUGUUUAAUAUAUCGUUAUGUCCUAGCUAUAGACGCUAGAAAGAGGAUUAGAGAAAGAAAAGCUCCAAUUUUGGCAAAUUAAAAUGAGCAAAAAUGCUCAUUAAGAAAAAAGACAUGAAGAAUUUAUACAAUUGAUACAUGUUUCUUCCUUCCUAAAAUUGUCGGCUUCUCUGAAGUGCUAGCCCAAAUUCUGUUGUUAUAUUUGAGUCAUGAAUACAUAA